AUGCCCUGUCCCAGCUCCUGCCCCCCCGGGCUCUUAGCCCUGAUGGCACCUGGGCUGGCUCUCAUGGCCACCUUCUCGCUGCCCUCCCAGGCCGGGGACAGGAGAGCGCUGCCGGUGGAGAAACCUCCAGGUGUGAAGGGAAGAACUCUCAUUCUCCUUGAUGUCAACACCAAGAGCCCUGUCAGGAUAAUCAGUGAGAAUUUCCUCUCCCUGCAGCUGGACCCCUCCAUCAUUCAUGAUGGCUGGCUCGAUUUCUUAAGCUUGUUCAGCCGCCUGAAGGGAUUAAUGGUGCGUGACCAGGGAGGUGUAGAGGACAGUGCUGGGAAAGGAAAGCCUGCAGAGAAAGACAUUGUUCGCAGCGACAUUGCCCUGGAUAAGCAGAAAGGCUGUAAGAUCGCCCAGCAUCCUGACAUAAUGUUGGAGCUACAGAGGGAAAAGGCAGCUCAGAUGCACUUGGUUUUGUUAAAGGAGCAGUUUUCAAACACAUACAGCAACCUCACAUUAACAGCCAGGUCUCUAGACAAACUCUAUAACUUUGCUGACUGCUCUGGCCUUCACCUGAUCUUUGCACUGAAUGCUUUGCGCCGAAAUCCCAACAACUCCUGGAACAGCUCCAAUGCUCUCAGCCUGCUGAAGUACAGUGCCAGCAAGAAGUACAACAUCUCCUGGGAGCUGGGCAACGAGCCCAAUAACUAUCGGACCCUGAUCGGCCGCUCGGUGAACGGCAGCCAGCUGGGGAAGGACUACAUCCAGCUGAGAAGCCUGCUGCAGCUUAUCCGCACUUAUUCCAGAGCAAACCUCUACGGGCCGAACAUUGGGAGGCCCAGAAAGAACGUCAUCGCUCUUCUGGAAGGGUUCAUGAAAGUGGCUGGCAGCACGGUGGAUGCUGUUACCUGGCAACAUUACUACAUUGAUGGCCGAGUGGCCAAAGUGACGGACUUCCUGAAAACGCGCCUGUUAGACACGCUCUCUGACCAGAUCAGGAAAAUCCAGAAAGUAGUCAACACUUACACGCCAGGGAAGAAGAUCUGGCUGGAAGGCGUUGGUGCAACCUCGGCCGGAGGCAUGAACAACCUCUCCGAUUCCUAUGCAGCCGGGUUCCUAUGGCUGAACACGCUGGGCUUGCUGGCCAGCCAGGGCAUCGACGUGGUGGUGCGGCACUCCUUCCUCGACCAUGGCCACAACCACCUGGUGGACCAGAACUUCAAACCUUUGCCGGACUACUGGCUGUCCCUGCUCUACAAGCGCCUCAUUGGUCCCAAGGUCCUGGCAAUCCAUGUGGCCGGUCUCCAGAGGAAACCCCGGCCCGGCAGAGUCAUUCGUGACAAGCUCCGCAUUUACGCCCACUGCACCAGCUACCACAACCACAACUACGUCCGAGGGUCCAUCACCCUUUACAUCAUCAACCUGCAUCGCUCCCGGAAGAAAAUCAAGCUGGCGGGGACGCUGCGGGACAAGAUCGUCCACCAGUACCUGCUGCAGCCCUAUGGCAAGGACGGGCUCCACUCCAAGUCGGUUCAGCUCAACGGGCAGCCCGUGUACCCCAAGGGUCCGGCGCUGGAGGACAGCCUCAACACCCUCUUCGCCCCACUCAUCAUCUCCUGCACCGCGCUGCUGGAGAAGCUCGCCGACACCUACACCUGCUUCGCCACCGAGCACGGGCGGCACCUCCACGUCCUGCACAUGUUUGGGGACUGCCUGUACAUCGCGGUGAACGGCGAUGGGACGGAGAGCGAGGACGACCUGCGACGGGCCCUCCUCGUGCUGUGCAUCGAGUUUCUGGAGCGGCAGGUGGUGCAGUACAUCAACACCAGCCCUGAGCGCGGCGGGGACGAGGUGGGCCAUGCCUUCCUCCUGGUGCACACCAAGCUGCUGGCCUUCUACUCCAGCCGCAACGCCAGCUCCAUCCGUCCUGCUGACCUGCUCAUCCUCAUCCUCCUGGUGCAGGACAUGUACCCCAGCCAGAGCGCCGAGGAGGAGCUUGGCCCCCAGGGACCCAAGAGAAGCGAGAGCAUCCCCGUGAGCAGCCCUGGCUCCCACGGAGCUGCGGAGAAGGACUCGGAUGAUCAGGACACAGACGAUCUCUCCGUUCCCGAGGUUUACUACACGCCUGAGCCCUCACCAGGCACGCACAGCACGGGUGAGGAGAGCUGGGCGGAGGGCGCUGAGAGGGAGGCAGACACGUCAGAAGUCCAGAUGGCAGAGGACUUGCUCCAGACCUUGGAGCCUCUGGUCCCUGAAGCUUCAAACCCCAGAAGGAUCUUCCUGGAUGCCAACCUGCGGGAAGGCUACUGCCCCUUGCUGCCGCACACCAUGCACUGCCUCCCGCUCUGGCCGGGCAUCUCCCUUGUCCUCCUGACCAAGGGCUCCACGACCCAGGUGGCUGUCACCUUGUACCAGCUGCUGGAUGGUUUCUUGGUGCUGGAGAGGAAGCUGGAAGAGGGGAGAGAGGUGGGAGCCCCGCGCUCCUACCCAUUCCUGGCCGAGCUGCGGCAGCGCAUGGACAAGUUUGUGAAGAAGCUGAGCGGGCAGGACAUCCAGUUGCAGAACGCCUGGGUGGACUUCAAGAACAAGAUAUUUUCACGGAACGAGCCUGCAAACUCCUUGGAGCUGCUGCAGGCAGUGGCCAACGUGAAGCGGCAGCUCUGCUCUGUGUACCGCCAGCUCUUCCUGGCCUCUGCCAGCCACAGCCUGUCCCAGGGGCUGCGGGACCGUGCCCAGAAGCUGAUGAGGGAGAAGCUGCUGGACUGGCGGGACUUUCUGCUGGUCAAGAGCAGGCGCAAUAUCACCAUGGUGUCGUAUCUGGAGGACUUUCCUGGCCUGGUGCACUUCAUUUAUGUGGACCGCACUGCUGGGCAGAUGAUGGCACCAUCGCUCAGUGUGACAGAGAAGUCCAGCUCAGAGCUGGGCAAGGGCCCCCUGGCCUCCUUCAUCAAGAGAAAGGUCUGGUCCCUGAUCACAUUGGCCCGGCGAUACCUACAGAAGGGGUACACAACGCUCAUGCUGCAGGAUGGUGACUACUGCUGCUCCUACUUCCUCUGGUUUGAGAACGAGCUGGGCUACAAGCUGGAGGUGAUGGAGGUUCCGGUUCUCUCUGAUGACUCUGCUCCCAUCGGGAUGCUGGCAGGAGACUACUACAGGAAACUGCUGCGUUACUACAGCAAGAACCACCAGGCAGAGGUGGUGAAGUGCUAUGAGCUGCUGACCGUGCACCUGGGCAUCAUCCCCUCCGAGCUCGUGGUCCAGCAGGCCUGCGAUUUGGCACGGCGUCUCUGGGAGCCCUCCCGCAUCCCCCUGCUCUGA